AUACUAAUAAAAAUAUAGAUAGUAGAUUUUUCUUUAUCACACACUGAUUUAGAGAGAGAAGCGGAGAGAUACUCUAGAGCGAGAGAAAUGGAAGCGAUGAGAGAGAUCGCGAGAUCCUACUACGAGAGAGCGAGCGAGGCCGCGAAGAUUUCGAUCGAAGAAUCCUUCGCGAAACUCGACGUGGACGGCGACGGGAAGAUAUGCCUGGCGGAGUUCAAGAAAUCGGUGAGCUCGUGGCUGCGCGCGGAGGCCGUGUUCGAGAAACUCGACGAGGACGGCGACGGCGGCCUGAAUUUCGACGAGUUUCUCUGCCUUCACUACAUGGAGAAGAAGGUGGAAUUAAACAAAUGCAGCGUCUGCCAUGAGCUGCUGGUGGGCCCCUACUUCUCUUGCUUGCUAUGCAUAGGAAGACGUCCCGACUCCUACGACCUCUGCUGCUCUUGUUACCGCCGCCACGACGCUUUGCCCGAGCAUGAGCACUCCGAUCACUACAUGAAGGAUCCUCACUCUCUGCUCAUGGAGUUCAGAAGUCGCACCGCUGCUGCUGACACGUCUCAAAAUAAGAAUGACAUAGAAGAACUGCGCGAAAUCGCAAAAGCCUAUUACCGAACCGCAUCUAAAGAAGUAAAAGACCGAGCUCGCGAGUUCUACCAAUCCAUGGACUCGGAUGGAAACGGCCGAGUCGAUUGCUCCGAGUUCCUAGACUUCAUGAGUCAGAAAAUCUCCUACAUGCAAAACCUUAAAUUAUUCAGCGCGCUCGACCUCGACAACAACGGCACCCUCGACUUCUUUGAGGUCAUGACGCUGUACUACAUCAUCAAGAGCGGCCGCCCCUUCUGCAACGGCGACGACUGCGGCAAAUUCAUCUCGGGAAUAUUUUUCUCGUGCGUCGAGUGUUUCAAGAAUUCGAAAACCUCCUUUGACCUGUGCUCUGAAUGCUACCGUGCGGCCAGGUAUGAUCAUAAUCAUGACGGCCAGGCUCAGUUUUUGGACAAUUAUACGUUGCUGCAAGCUAUGAGAGAUCCGACUCUUGCACGGGAAUCGGGGGUAAAUUUGAAUGAGGCAAGGACUGGACUUGUACUCCAUACGCAUAAUUCGUACCUGACGACCAAUGAACACGUACAUAUUCACAAUCAUAAUGCAGUUGUUCCAGCACCAUUAAUUUCAAAGCGGAAAAAAAUGCUGCUUGCACUCGAAUCAUUUGAAUUAGCACUCAAGAUUGGGAGCAUUUCUAGCACCCUCUGCGCUAUAAUGUGAGAGGCAAAAGGAAAAGGAAAAACAAAAAUUGUGGCUUGCUUUUUUUUUUGUGCGUGUGUUGUUGGCCUACCGAUAAAAUGAUUAAUGUAUGAGGCCAAAAUUCUUAAAUUUGAGACCAUCAUGAAGCAAUUUUAGAUGUUGAAAUUACAAAAAAAAAAAAAAAUACAUUUCCUCUUGGUUGGAGAA